AUGAAUUACCAAUAUCUGCGAGAUAUAAUUGUGAGCAUGAUCACUAGCAAAGAUACGAGUGCGAACACUCUAUCAUGGUUCUUCUACAUGCUCUGCAAGCAUCCUCUGGUACAGGAAAAGAUUGUACAAGAAAUCAGGGAUGUCAAAUGUUGCCAAGAAAAUGAUCUUGACAUUGAUGGCUUUAUGGACAAGAUAACAGAUUUGACCCUUGAGAAAAUGCAUAAUCUUCAUGCAGCAUUGACCGAGACCUUAAGAUUGCACCCUGUUGUCCCUAUGGUGCACAUUUUCUUCAACUCCGAUCAUGUUAUAUGGAUGGGAGAAUGGCACAAAGAGACAGACAUUCUUCCUGAUGGCUACAAGGUGAAGAAAGGGGACAUAGACUUUGCUUACUGGCAGAUGAAAAUAGUAUCUAUGGCUAUUCUUCGCUCUUUCCGGUUCAAAUUGGCAAAUGAAACUAAAAAUGUGACUUACAGAACCAUGUCUACACUUUACAUAGACAAGGGUCUACCUCUUUGUGCCGUACCAAGGUAG